AUGACGGAGGCAGUAAAAAAAGUUCCCAUUCCCGCCAAGGGUGUCGACUAUCGCGGCAAAGUCGUCCUAGCGCCCAUGGUCCGCUCCGGAGAGCUGCCGUCGCGACUCCUGGCGCUCAAGUACGGCGCGGACCUUGUCUGGGGCCCUGAGACCAUCGACCGCGCCAUCAUUGGCACCACGCGCACAGUCAACGAGCAGACGGGAUGCGUCGAAUGGUGCCGCAUACAGUCCCACGGCCUGAAGGAACCCCCGCCGGAUGCUAAGACGAGUGUCAUCUACGCCACGGACCCCGUCAAGGAGGCCAAUAGACUCGUCUUCCAGAUGGGCACCGCCGACCCGGACCUCGCCGUGCAGGCGGCGCGCCUCGUCGCCGGCGACGUGGCCGGCAUUGACGUCAACGCCGGCUGCCCCAAGCCCUUCAGCACCAGCGGCGGCAUGGGCGCGGCGCUCCUCCGCACUCCCGAUAAGCUCAUCGCCAUCCUCGAGGCGCUCGUCCGCGAUAUCACCCCGCACUACGACAUCGGCAUCAGCGUCAAGAUCCGCAUCCUGGAGACGGCCGCCGAGACGGAGGCGCUCGUGCGCCGGCUCGUCGCCACCGGCAUCACCGGCCUCACCGUUCACUGCCGCACGACACCGAUGCGCCCGCGCGAGCGUGCCAUACGCGGCCAGCUGCGUAUGGUCGCUGACGUCUGCCGCGAGGCCGGCGUCGCGUGCCUCAUGAACGGGGACGUCGAGUCCAAGGACGAGGGCCUGCGCCUCGCCGCCGAGUUCGGCGCCGACGGCGCCAUGAUCGCCACCGCUGCGGAGACGAACCCCAGCUGCUUUCGCGCGGCCGCCGACGGCGGGCUGCUGCCCUGGCGCGAGGUGGUCGACGAGUACGUCGCGACGGCCAUGGCCGUCAACAACAAGUUCGGCAACACAAAGUACCUGCUGGCGCAGAUGGUGCCCGGCAAGGAGUCCGCGCACAAGGCCAUCACCAGGGCGCGCUCGUACGUCGACGUCUGCGAGGGCCUCGCGCUACCGCACCUUCUGGAGCGCGCCCGCGUCCUCGACGACCUGCGCGGCCUCGGCCAGCCCACCGAGAAGCAGAAGCUGCAGGCGGCCCGCAAGGCGGCGCAGUCGACCAACGCGAGCGCGCUGGCCGCCGGUGGGCAGAUGGGCCAUGCGCGCGCCCUGUCCAAGAAUAAAAAGUCGCUGUCUGAUCGCCAGCAGCCGCCUCCGUCCUCGGAGUCGGACAAGACACCGGUGGCCUCUGCGGCUUAG